AUGGAUGCUGUUAACAUAGCUAGUGCAAUAGAUCAUUUUAUUCAAAACGAAGGUCUCGAUGGAACGAAGCUUGUUGGACAAGGCUAUGAUGGUUGCGCAACUAUGGCAGGGAAAAUCAAUGGAGUGCAAACAAUUUUACGAGAAAAAUAUCCACAUGCUCUAUUUUUUCACUGUGCAAGUCAUAAAUUAAACUUAGUCAUAGUGAAAGAUCACCGCGAACACGCUGACACAGAAAUUCAAGAAUUAUUAACUGCUGCAAAUAUAGCAGCUGAGAAUAUAGGAGCAGAAAUUAAUCUUCCUAGGAUUGUUAAACAACAACAACAUCGUUCGAAUCCUCCAGCGUUAAAUUCGGCUGAAUUCUGGAAGAGAUCAUUACUAAUUCCAUACUUGGAUUCAUUAAUAUCCUCAUUGGAACGGAGAUUUUCUGAUGAAAACAUACCUGCUUUUUCACUUUUAUUAUUACACCCUUCAAAUAUGUUAGAUAUGAACACCAAAGAAUUUAAACUUAAAAUAAAUGAUUUUGCCAAUUAUUACCAAAUUAAAGACUUGGAAAGUGAAGCAGAAUUAUGGUACAACAUCUGGAAGGAGAAAAAACUUGCUAAAAGCAAACUAUCAGACAUGGAAAUGAGUGAAGUAGUAGAAGAAACAGAUAUUUUCUUUCCUAAAAUAAAACAAGCCUUGCAUAUUUCUUUAGCUCAGCCAUGUACAACUAGCACUAUUGAGAGGUCAUUCAGUACGUUAAGAAGGGUAAAGACUUGGUUGCGUUCAACGAUGACGGAAAACCGUCUGAAUGGUCUAUGCAUACUAAGUGUGCAUAGAAAGCUGCUAGAUGAAAAAAAGGAAGAGAUGCAACAGAAAAUUCUCAGCAGAUUUUGCGAAGACUCUAGACGAUUGUCAUUGUUAUAA